AUGCAAGAGAUCGGACGCAUACGGAUGUCGGGGAAGUUAUCGGGCGAUGAGUCGACGCAAAUUGAUUUUACUAUAGCGAAAGAGUUGACGGAAAUACCCGAAGAUCCGGAGGACAAGGAGGCAAACAAAGAGAAUGGCGACCAAAGUAUACCAAAAGAACAUCAAUUCUCACUCUCAAGAGUUGAUAACCAAUCGCUGGUCUUAUUCUCUGUGGACGACAGUAAAGAUACACAACAAAUAUCAUUUGACGGUAUAGUGGAUCAGAAGGGCGAGUGUCGGCCAGUGAUGUCCAACAGAUUCCUCGCUUUGAAUAAGAUGCGAGCCAUUCGGGCGACACAACCGCCUAAUGGACGGCAACCCGUCAAACAAUUGGACAGAACUAUAACCGUAUUUAAGCCCAUAUCCAGACACCCGACGACCACCGCUAAGAAGGGAUCACUCGUUAAGAAUUGUCGUGAGGACAGGGAACCGGUGAGGAAUAAACUGUUCAAAGCCUUUGAGAAACACCAGUAUUAUCACCUAAAAGACCUUCAAAUGCUUACCGGACAACCACUUAGUUAUCUCAAAAUAAUAGUCAGAGAGUUGUGUGUCUAUAAUGUGAAGAAUCCACACAAAUAUAUGUGGGAAUUGAAGCCCGAGUUCAGACAUUAUGGUACUAUUAAACCCAUAUCCAGACACCCGACGACCACCGCUAAGAAGGGAUCACUCGUUAAGAAUUGUCGUGAGGACAGGGAACCGGUGAGGAAUAAACUGUUCAAAGCCUUUGAGAACCACCAGUAUUAUCACCUAAAAGACCUUCAAAUGCUUACCGGACAACCACUUAGUUAUCUCAAAAUAAUAGUCAGAGAGUUGUGUGUCUAUAACGUGAAGAAUCCACACAAAUAUAUGUGGGAAUUGAAGCCCGAGUUCAGACAUUAUGGUACUAUUAAAGCCGCUAACAGUAGAGCCAGUGGUUAG